GCUAUCACCGGCUCCCCGUGCUUUGGCCCGUGCAGCCUGCGCAGCACCGUGCGGACUGCUUGAUGCACCUGCUUCAGAACCCAGUUACAGGGCUGCUUUCAGCUGGUACAGACCAUAAGGAUGCUUGGGUACGGGACAAUGUCUAUAGCAUCCUGGCAGUGUGGGGGCUUGGCAUGGCCUACAGAAAGAACGCAGACCGGGAUGAGGACAAAGCCAAAGCCUAUGAGCUUGAGCAGAACGUUGUGAAGCUGAUGCGAGGGCUCUUACAGUGCAUGAUGAGACAGGUAGAUAAGGUAGAGAAGUUCAAACGCACACAGAGUACCAAGGACUGCCUACACGCCAAGUAUAACUCUGCUACUUGUGCCACAGUGGUUGGAGAUGAUCAGUGGGGACAUCUGCAAGUCGAUGCCACUUCUCUUUACUUGCUCUUCUUGGCACAGAUGACUGCAUCAGGAUUACGUAUCAUUUUCACCCUUGAUGAAGUUACCUUUAUUCAGAAUCUUGUUUUUUACAUAGAAGCUGCCUACAAAGUUGCUGAUUAUGGAAUUUGGGAACGUGGUGAUAAGACAAACCAGGGCAUCCCGGAACUGAAUGCAAGCUCCGUAGGGAUGGCCAAAGCUGCUUUGGAAGCAAUUGAUGAAUUAGAUCUUUUCGGAGCUCAUGGAGGGCACAAAUCAGUGAUUCAUGUUCUUCCUGAUGAAGUAGAACAUUGUCAGUCUAUACUAUACUCCAUGUUGCCAAGGGCAUCCACGUCAAAGGAAAUAGAUGCUGGCCUUCUCUCCAUAAUUUCUUACCCAGCUUUUGCAGUGGAGGAUAUAAACUUGGUUAAUUUAACCAAGAGUGAAAUCAUAUCCAAAUUGCAGGGCCGUUACGGCUGCUGUCGCUUUCUCCGAGAUGGCUACAAGACACCCAGAGAGGAUCCAAGCAGAUUGCACUAUGAUCCUGCUGAGCUCAAGCUGUUUGAGAAUAUUGAAUGUGAAUGGCCGGUGUUCUGGACAUACUUCUUAAUUGAUGGAGUAUUUAAUGAAGACAAAAUUCAGGUAGAAGAGUACAGAGAGGCUUUGGAAGGAAUACUCAUUAGAGAAAAGAAUGGAAUAGUUCUAAUGCCUGAGCUAUAUGCAGUCCCUUCAGAAAAGGUUGAUGAGGAGUAUGAAAAUCCUCACUCAGUGGAUCGUAUCCCAGUGGGAAAGCUGCCUCAUCUUUGGGGUCAGUCAUUGUACAUUCUUAGCUGCUUAUUAGCAGAGGGAUUUCUGGCUGCAGGUGAAAUUGAUCCCUUGAACAGAAGAUUUUCCACUGGAUUUAAACCUGAUGUUGUGGUACAAGCAGUAACUGUUCUGGCAGAAACUAAUCAAAUUAAGAAUCUUUUGCAAGACCAUGGAAUCAAUGUUCAGAGCAUUGCUGAUAUCCAUCCACUCAGAGUGCAGCCAGCUCGCAUCCUAAGUAAUCUCUACACUAUGCUAGGUCGGAAUGAGAACAUGAAAUUAAGUGGGCGGCCACACCGACACAUUGGAGUGCUGGGUACCUCCAAGCUGUAUGUGAUAAGAAACCAAAUAUUUGCUUUUACCCCUCAGUUUACUGACCAGCAUCACUUCUAUCUGGCUCUAGACAAUCAGAUGAUUGUGGAGAUGCUCAAGAUAGAGCUGGCUUACCUCACUUCUUGUUGGAGGAUGACGGGGAGACCAACUCUGACGUUUCCCAUCACCCACACAAUGCUUGUUGAUGAUGGUACUGACAUUCAUCCAGCAGUUCUUGCUACCAUACGAAAAUUAGAGGAUGGUUAUUUCGGUGGUGCAAGGUAAUAUGGUAACCCUUAAGUGGUUCUGU